AUGUCCGCCGCUGCCGGCGCGGACGCUGACGCCGCCACCUGCAGCUGCCACGUCCCCACGCCCCCGCCGGAGGAGUGCGCGGAGGCGGCCGAGGCGCUGGACGCCCUUUUGCAUGCCGAGACGCAGGCGCGGCUGCAGCGCCGCACCCUGCAGGGGACCUCGACGGGGGACUGGGAAGAGCCCUUCCCGUACUGCUCCGUCUUUGCGCCGCCUUGCAUGUUUCCCAUCAGGACGGCGCCGUUGCCGCUCUUCAUGAGCGACGACAGCGUCGUCUCCGGCAUCCGUGCGUCCCUGUUGAAGGAGAGACAGGACUCGGCGGUCGCGGAGGCCGCGAUGGAGGAGGCCGAGUUGGCAGCGCUGGAGCUUAAAUGUAUGUUGCUGGAGUCGACGCCUUGA